AUGGUAUCAAUAUUUUUUGAAAAACGUAAUACACUAUUAAUAACAGGUGUUUUAAUGUUAUGCACAGCUCCACGAACAUAUUCUAUUGCAGAAUCACAAGGAGAAAUUCAUCCACAACAUUCAGUUGAUAUAGUUGUACGUCUGCUUGAUACAUCAUCAAGUUCAAAUGUUGCACAUAAAAUCCGUAUACAAUAUUUUGAUCGUCGAAAACCACAAGAUCUAAUUGGCAAACGAGAUAUUAUAUGUACGAUAUUAUCGUUUAAACCAUUAGAACAAAAUUUUGAUGAUGAAAUUAAUAAUUCAUCAAGUCGAAUAAGAACGACAACAACAAAAAUUUCACAACAAGAAAUACGAGAUCCAUUAGUUGUUUUGAUUUUAAUUAUACUCAGUGCUAUAUGUGCUUUGAUACUUAUUUUACCAACAAUAUCUAAUAAUGAAAGUAAUUUAAAAACAUAUCUAACAUCUUAUUUACAUAUGACAACUAGUUCAAAAAUUGUAGCUAGUUAUAUUCUUGAGAAUAGAAAAAAAAUGCUUCCAUCAAGAGGUUCAACUCAAACGAAAUCUGCUGAGACAACAUUUUCACAGAGGACUGGUAUGAUUUAUAUUUUUAAUAUUAUUGUUGGUACUGGUGCAUUAGCUCUUCCAAAAGCUUUUCAUGAAGGUGGUUAUGUAUUGAGUACUUUGUUAUUAUUAAUACUUGGAUUUUUUAGUUAUAUAUCAGCAACAUAUAUGAUUGAAGCAAUGGCUAUUGCAAAUUUUAUGCGAAGAAAAAUAGUAAAUCGACGUCUUGAUACAAUCGUACCAACAACAAGUGAUGAAGAAGAAAAUAUGGUUGAAUCAGAUCGAGCAUCAUUGUUACCUAGAACAAUUAAUGACGAUGAUGUAUAUAUUUCAACAGGAACUGAAGAACGACAUGAUUUUGACAUUGUCGAAAAAAUUGAAAUGGGUGAAAUGGCAGAUAUGUUUUUAAAUAAGUUGGGUUUAGUGAUAUUUUAUUUUUGUAUAUCAUUAUAUCUCUUCGGAGAUUUGGCAAUUUAUGGUUCAGCUGUACCGAAAUCAAUUCGUGAUGUUAUUUGCACAUAUGAACCAACCAAUUGUACAAAUAUCACGAUGAAUGAUUUAUGUUGGGCAAGUUCUUCAUUAACACGGCAUCAUGUUUAUCAAAUAUUUGUGGUAAGAUAA